AGGCAGCAUUAGUUGCGCCUGCUGUGACACGCCUCGGCUGAAGUAGUCUGGCAUUAAAAGCAGUUUGUAAAACUGAUCCGUCGUGAUUCUAAAAUGGGAAAGGUAGUCUUCAUCUCGCUUGUAAUAGCUGCCUUAUCGGCGUUGCUCGGAGAGAGGAUUGUCAACUUCAGGAAAACGACCCUCGCGUCUAGGGAGCUGGUGCAGAAUCACCUCCCCAACUGUGUUGUGCUCAAAAAUCUGGAUUAUGGCUCAGAGGAUAUAACGAUCCUUGGAAACGGGCUUGCCUUUAUCAGCACUGGUUUGAAGUAUCCUGGAAUGCCAUCCUCAGAUGUGCCAGGCAAGAUCUUCUCUCUUGAUAUGAAAGAUCAUCGGAUGAAACCAGUGGAGAUGCGCAUGCCAAGAAACUUUGAUCUGGAGUCAUUCAACCCUCAUGGCAUCAGUGUAUUCACCGAUCUAAGAGAUGACGCAAUAUACCUGUUUGUCGUCAGUCAUCCUCAACACAAAAGCCAAGUAGAGCUGUUCCAAUAUGUUGAGGACGACCACUCACUGCUGCAUCUGAAAACCAUAAAACAUGACCUUCUCCACAGUGUAAACGAUAUUGUUGCAGUGGGAGUGGAUAGCUUCUAUGCAACCAAUGAUCACUACUUUACCCAUGAACUCCUUAAAGGUUUGGUGGAGCCUUUUCUGUCUCAGCCUUGGACUAAUGUUGUGUACUACAGUCCUAAGGAAGUAAAAGUGGUCUCUGACGGAUAUUACCUUGCAAACGGAAUUAAUAUAUCACCAGACAAAAGACAUAUAUAUGUGGUAGAUUUAUUUGGCCACAAUGUGCAUGUGCUGGAGCGGAAAGAAGACAAUGGGUUGGUCACUGUGAAGUCUGUGGCUGUGGGUUCACUCUGUGACAAUGUGGAAGUGGAACCUGAAACUGGUGACCUGUGGUUAGGCUGUCACCCCAAUGCAUGGAAACUUUUUAUGUUUGAUGCCGAGGACCCGCCUGGAUCAGAGGUCAUCCAAAUCCAGAACAUUCAUUCUGAUCAGCCAGUGGUGACUCAGGUGUACGCUGACGAUGGCCACGUGCUCCAUGGCUCCUCUGUAGCAGCUACCUAUGGGGGAAAGUUGCUCAUUGGCACUGUGUUCCAUAAAGCCCUGUGCUGUGAUUUGAAGUAGGCAAAUAUUCUUAAACAUAUGAUGUAGUGAUAAUUUGAAUGAUGAUAUAUAUAUACAUGGAUAUUACAGCACAUGGAAAAAGCUUUACCCUGUUGUACUAGACAGGAUCUGAUAAUAAACCCAGAAAAGAGUAUCUGAAGAUCCACUAGGAGGAGCUGGAGGAAGGUAAAUGCGUGAUCUUGAUUCUACAGUAUAGCAAUACGCCCUGGUUACAACUGCAUAUUUGAAAGUGCUUUCAGACGCAGAAGUUACUGAACUGCCUGGAUACUUGAACCACUCUGCAAUAAGUAGCCUACUAAAACAAUAUAUUCAAUGAAACAUUUGCUUUGCUGUGUAUCAUGAAAAUAAUAUGCUCACUGGUCACCUGAACAUUUGAAAUCUGUACAGAUGCAUCGUUUGUAACUGAAUGUUUUAAUUGCUAUUGUCACAUUUGUUUCAUUUAUUUGAAUGAGAGUAAAACAAGAGUCAUGCUGCAA